AGUUUCACCCACACAAACUUACAAUAUAUUUUCGAGAGAGAGCUGGGAAAAUGCAGAUUUUUGUUCAAAAUUUUGUUGGGAAAACCCUGACUCUCGAGGUUGAGUCGAGUGAUACUAUUCGUGAUGUCAUGUGUUUGGUUGAGCGGAAAGACGGGGUUCCCGUGGAUCAGCAGCGGUUGUGCUUUGCGGGAAAGGAACUUGAUGGAGGGCUUGCUGUUGGUGAUUAUGGUAUCGGUAAAGAGGCUACGUUGUAUCUUGGUGCUAGGCUCGUGGGAGGCAAAGGUGCUACGCAGCACUACAGGAACACUGAUCCAAAGCUGGUGGAGCUUGCAAAGAAGUUUAACCAGUGCAAGCUGAUUUGCCGCAACUGCUACGCUCGUCUGCACAUUCGAGCCAAGAACUGCAGGAAGAAACAAUGUGGCCACAGCAACCAGUUGCGUCCCAAGUCUGUUCUUGAUUCCAGAGGUUGAAGACCGAGCCCUAUAUCUACUUAUAUUCCAUCUACAUAUGAAGAAGUUAGUAGCAAUCAAGAAGAUGCCUCUGCAAAUCAUGUCUGUCUAUAUAUGUUGCAGCAGCUAGGCUAGCUUUGUGGUAGUUAUAAAAACCUGGUGUUCUGUAAAAAGCAUGACCAUUUUUUUUGGCUUCUUGCAGCUCUAUCAAUUAAUCAUCUACUUUUGUUUUACCGUCUCA